AUGUAUUUUGGUCUUCAAACAGGUUGGAUAUCCAUGAUGUCUCUACAGGCUUCUUUACUUGGGUUUGCUAUCCUCAAGCCAUGGCAACACAGUUCUUUUGGACCCAAAGAAAAUGUGUAUCUACAAACAGUGGCUGUGGCUACAGCUACCAUGCCUUUGGCUGCUGGAUUUGUGGGUAUUAUACCUGCCCUAGCUCAAUUGGAUAGCAAUGACCAUCCUACUGGACCUAUCCUUUUACCUGCUUGGAAACUCAUGCUGUGGUCUUUGGGUCUAUCGUUGAUUGGUGUGUUCUUUGCUAUUCCUUUGCGCAAACAAACGAUCAUUAGAGAACAACUUCCAUUUCCUUCAGGUGCAGCAACAGCCCAAAUGAUUCAAGUGCUGCAUCAUACGACAGAAGAGAGUCGUGUGGCCUUAGAUACAUUAACAGAGAGUUCAUCCUCUUCGUUUGAUCUGUCCACAGAAGACACGACAUGGCCUUUAAAACGAAAAGCACUGUAUGUAUCCUUUAGCAUCUCUUCUGUCUAUACACUUGCUUCCUAUUUCUUUCCAAUUUUGUAUGCGUUACCUUUAUUUAACUGGAUCUCGUUUGGUUUGGUUGAUUUCAAGGCUUGGGAAUGGUAUUUUACACCGAGUCUAAGUUAUGUAGGUCAAGGUAUGAUUAUGGGAUUGCCUACCACACUUUCCAUGUUAUUAGGGUGUGUGGUUGGGUGGGGCAUGUUAUCGCCUAUGGCUUAUUAUGCUGGAUGGGCACCUGGUCCUAUCAAUGACUGGCAAACAGGUGCUAAGGGUUGGAUCUUAUGGAUUUCAUUAGGUGUGAUGAUUUCAGAGUCCAUCGUGUCCCUCCUGAUCAUGCUGGUCAAACAAAUUCAUGCUACAGUCAACAGUUACCAUCUACUGACAGACCAUGUAGAGCAAUCAAAAGAGGAUGUUCCUCUAGACCAACAAGUCCCUCUUUCGAUCACUCUUGGUGGGCUUGCAGCUUCCAUUGCUUUGUGUAUCCUGACUGUCCAGAUUGUGUUUGGGAGUGAUGUGAUGCCUAUCCAUAUGACGUGUGUCUCUAUUGUGUGUGCUUUCUUCCUGAGUAUCUUGGGUGUUCGAGCCUUGGGUGAAACAGAUUUGAAUCCUGUGAGUGGUAUUGGUAAGAUGAGCCAAGUGGUGUUUGCUGCCUUGAUGCCCCGUGCUAUUGUGGCCAAUUUGAUUGCGGGCGGCAUUGCUGAAGCAGGUGCACAACAAGCAGGCGAUUUAAUGCAAGAUCUUAAGACAGGCUAUCUUUUACAAGCAUCGCCUAAAGCACAAUUCAUAGGCCAAUUGAUUGGAUCUUGUGUGAGUGCUGUGGUAGCCACAGGUGCUUAUCUUCUUUAUACAACAAUCUAUACUGUACCAGGGACUGAAUUUCCAGCACCCACAGCACACGUAUGGUUGGAUAUGGCUCGUUUAGUGAAUGGACACCCACUCCCCCCGCAUGUGUCUGAGUUUGUUUGGUUGUUUGGUAUCCUGUUUAGUGUGUUGACAUGGAUAAAAGAAACUGGUUAUGGCUAUGUGCCUCAGGGUAUUGCAUUUGCUAUUGGGAUGUAUAACCCGCCUAGUUUUACAUUGGCCAGAGUGAUCGGCGGAUGGCUGGUGUAUGGCUGGGAUCGGUAUUGUGAUCAGCCUGAUGCUGCAUGGUUUGGGUCGUAUAGAAGGGUAGGCAACAUCAUGCUGAUUGUCGCCAGUGGGUUUGUGCUUGGUGAAGGAACAUGUGCGAUAGUGAAUAUGGUAUUACAUGCACUUGGAGUACCUCAUUUUUGA